AUGGCAAAAGUUCUGAGGCGAACAAAUACUUAUCCGACAAUGACACCGUUGAAGAAAGACAGCGAAAAUAGUAUCACGAAGAUAUUACGGAACAGUCUAAUCGAGACAAAAAGUUUUUCAAGUGAUAAUUUUACUGAAGAAACUAUUAAUGAGGGAACACUUUUUUAUCUUGAUCGCGAUAAUUCUACUAAAAGUAAAAAGAACACUUCCGAAAUCCCUGACGAUGAGAGCACUAAAACUAAAUUACAGACUUUAUGGAUAAAUGCAACUUACACAGCUCUUGAUAUCGGUUUAAAUAUAACAAGAAUGGUUGAAUGCUCUGUGUGGAAUGCAUCGAUGUUGAUUAAUUUCACUGAUGCAUUAUGUGUAAUUUCUCAUGAUCAAAUGAAUGUCACCGGCGAUGAUGCAAGCUGGACGACAAGCGGUGUAGAAAUUUUGAACACAAAAGAACAUCUCGAAGAACUGAAGUUGAAUACAAGUUUACUUAAUCAAUAUCAGGUUUGA